CUCGAUUAUUCUGUUUACACGCUAGGAAAUGGAAACUGAAAGUUCCACCAAUUAUCUCGGACUCCCAAGGAAGGGGCGAGUCAGAGGAGUAUAAGAAAGUCGCCAAAGCUUCGAAGUAUAGCACAAAAACCGAGGGACGUUCCUUAAGAAAGAUUGCAUUUUUGAGAACAGACAAGGGAGCUGUGAGCUUAUAAAAUGGGAUUACUAACUGCUGCUGCAUUCGCAGCCUUAACUGCAGCUGGUGCUCCAGUUUUGUUGGGAGCUAUUGGUUUUACAACAGCAGGUAUCGCUGCAGGUUCUAUUGCUGCGAAGAUGAUGUCCGCCGCAGCCAUCGCUAAUGGAGGAGGAGUGGUAGCAGGUGGUGUUAUUGCCACUCUGCAGUCUCUGGGCACCGGAAUUGGAAUAUCUGGAACCAUUUUAAGUGGUGCUGCUGGAGGUGCAAUUGGAGCACUAAUCUAAUAUCUUCUGAUUCAUGAGCAAAUCACAAAUUAUCAUUUUUCAAAAAUCUUCUUUGUCAUGCAUCAGCAAUAUAUGAAACUCUUAAAUUUGCAAUGUAGAUCACACAUAAUUUCUAAUGAUAUAUCAAAAGUUAAGUAAUUGAAAAACUGGUACAUGGCAAAAUUGGUAAGAAUGCUGUAUACAUGUUGUUUAAAAACUAUAAAAAAGGAAAAUAGCAUAGCUUGAAUUAUGAUUUUGGAAUAAUGUGAUUCAUGUGAUUUUAAUGAUGAAAACUAAGGACUGGUUUGUACUUCAUGCUAUGAACGUGCAUGCACCAUGGUUGCCAUCGCGUUCCCUGCAUCCAUUUGAUGCAUCCUCUGAAAACAUCCUCAGAAAUUAACGUGCGCGAGUUGCAUACCAGGAAAAAGUUGGGGGGAGCUGUGUGCUCAAGUUGGAACAUGACGUCAUAAUCUCUGUUUAUUAUCAACAGUAUCAUAUCCUCCAGGAUCAAUGUGUGUGUUUCAGUGUUUGACGAAUGGUUUAAUGUGGUGAAGCAAAUCAUCAAACUUUAAUGCUCGCAUACAAAUGUAAAUUUCAGUUGUUUCGGCCUCAGGAUUGAUGGACAUAAUCAUUAAACAUCCAUCCUUUUCAGAGAUUUUGUGACAAGGUGUCCACGGAAUUUAAUGAAUGUUUCCAGCAAUUCACAACAUGUUGUUUUCUUAUCAUGAUGAUAUCUCACACUGCCACCUAGCAGAAUCCUCCAGAUUUACAUCGCGUGAAGUAUAAACUAGCCCCAAGUACAAAUGUAAUCUGCAUUCAUAUUUGUCAGCAUUUAACCUGCUCUGCUUGCCUGUCUAUUUUUCCUUCUUACCAUAAUAAAAAAAUAAAGUAACCUACAUAAAAAUGCA